AUGAGUUCAACAAUCUCUUCGGCCCCCUUCUCCAAGGCCGUCGUCGGCGCAAUGCAGGCUCUCGCUGACAAGAGCUGGGACAACACUGGUCGUACGUCUAUACUUUCUCCCAUUCUACCAUCAGCAACCCUAACCUGGACCNNAGUCCUUCUCGAAUCACCCUUCGAUCCCAUCCGUCGCCAGAUGAACUCUGCCCUCCUCACCAUUGACCUCACCAAAGCCGUCGCCGACGAAGCCAUUGAGCGUGGAGACUCCAUUAUCGUAGCCUACCGUCUCAAGAGUUUAUCCCUGGCCGACACCCAACAACAAACACUCCUGCGAUUGGCUGCCGAAGGCAUCAGCGUAUACAGUCCCCACACCGCGAUUGACUGCGCACCAGGUGGCCUAGGUGACUGGCUCGCCGACAUUGUAUCCGGCACCCCCAUGAGCGCCGAAGAACUAGCAGCCCAAGCNAGAAGAGAAGGAACACGACCAAAAGACCAAAGAGCCAGAGACUCCUUCCAACGAACUCAAACGCCCGACUUUNNCCAGCUCCAACACCAUCCUAGUCAACUCAGUAUCAAAGACCGUACACUAAAACUCGGCAAUGAUACACACACUCGUCGUCCAAUCAAGCCUUCUUCAGUACCUGGAUACCAGAAUACAACUGCUGGAAUGGGUCGUAUCGUCCGCUUCUCUACUCCUCAACCUCUUCUCGAGAUCAUCGAUCGCAUUGGCCGCGGUCUCGGCAACCCCAAAGGUUUCCCCAUCGCCAUCCCUCAAGGCAAGCAAAUGGACGAAAUCGACAUUUCUAGCGUCGCCAUCUGUGCCGGGAGUGGUGGAAGUCUAUUCGGCGGUCUAGGCAAGAACGGCGAAGAAGAUGUGGAUCUGCUAUUUACUGGCGAAUUGAGCCAUCACGAGGCAUUGGCUGCAAUCGAGCAGGGCAAAUGUGUUAUCGCUUUGUUCCACUCGAAUACGGAACGAGGAUUCUUGCACGGAGUCUUGAAGCCGCAGUUGGAGAAGAGCGUCNNAAGGAGGAGUGGGAGCGCGUCAGAAAGGAGGAGAAAGAAAGGGCCUCUUCAGCGGCUUUAA